ACGUCCUCGUCCUUCUUUCCGCCGCGAGCCCCUCCGAGUUUCCUCCUAAACCCUCUCACCCUCCUCUCUGAAGAAAUGUACUCCACACUCCUUACUGUCGCUCUCUUCGUCGCCCCCCUCAUUCAAGGUGCCCUCGCCGACUUUGCCAUUAGCUCUCCAGCUCUCGUUCAGUGCCAAUCCAGCAAGAUCUCAUGGUCAGCGACCACCGGCCCUUAUAACCUUAUCGUCGUUGCUGCCGACCAGCCUUGCGGUGACGCCCUAGUGGACAUCGGUGAUUUCGACGGCACCGUCACUAACUGGGUUGCCGCUCUUCCGGCCGGCAAGCAGGUCGUCCUCUCCCUCGUAGAUGCCCAGGACAACGAGGCAUGGAGCAAAACGAUCACUAUUGGUGCAAGUAGCGAUACCUCCUGCCUCCCUGCUGCGCUGAAGCCCGCAGGUUCCUCGUCCACUUCCAAAUCUACCAGCGGCUCGCCCACACCCGGUGUCGCAGCCGCGGCUGCCUCUAGCCCAUCUCCUUCCCAAAGCGUUGUACCCGUUGGUGCUGCCAACGCCGGAACAAACCCCUUCUCAAGUGGAGCCUCAGCGCGCCAAGCCAGUACGCCUGUCAUGGUCCUCGCCGCAGUCGCGGCCGCCAUUGCCAUGUCGCUCUGAUGAUACCCUUUUUGACUGGAUCAUGGUGUAGUUUCCCUUCUCGCCUGACUCGGCGCUGGUCUUGUUGUUUUUCUAGGAUUUCGCUAACGGCGCAUAAGCGGUUGUUGUUAAAUACGAUUCUGAUCUCAGGAGAUUCUUGACGACAUGAUGACGAUUUGUACGAGGGUUUCAUAUGGGUUAUUCUCUACAUCGCAUCCACGUUGAGCUGGACGACCUUUACAUUUCUAUCUACCGCACCAAUAGCUGGUUCUUCUACCUACCUAUCUUUAUUUUGCCCAUAUACCCCUCAUUGAUUCUAUCCACAUGUCGCAUCGGUAGAAGUGCAAUUAACUGUACCUUGACGAUCGAA